UCUGUUUCUGAGGCAAACAGGAAAGUGAGCAUGUGGUCGGGGUGGUGGGAGGGGUGGAGAGAAAUUCACUGUCUGUUCCUCGUCUCCUUAGACAGAGUCUGAGCCUCAGGAGACGCAACAAUGACUGAUCCAAACACAUCCUCCUUUAUCGAUGACUUUAGCUCUAUUUAUGAUGAGCUCAACUUCACCUAUAACUACACAGAGUUCAUCGUUAACCCUGAAACGCAGCCCUGCGACGCCUUCUCCCUCCCAGACGCAGUGACAGUUUUAGUCUGUACGUUUUACGUCAUCAUCUUUUUGUUGGCUAUUCCCGGGAAUCUGAUCGUGGGUCUGGUGCUCGGCCUUAACAAGCAGUCGCUGCCUCCCUCUGACCUCUACCUGCUCCACCUGGCGGUGGCCGACCUCCUGCUGGCCGUCACCCUCCCGUUCUGGGCCGUCUCUGUCACGCAGGGCUGGGUGUUUGGAGACACCAUGUGCAAAAUAAUCACCAUCCUCCAAGAGCUGAGCUUCUACUCCAGCAUCCUCUUCCUGACUUGCAUCAGUGUGGACCGUUACAUGGUGAUUGUGCGAGCUAUGGAUGCCCGCAGGGCCAACAGGCAGCUGGUCAGCUGGGGGGUUUGUGCUGCUGUCUGGGCUGUUGGGGUGUUUUUGUCUCUGCCAGGGCUCUUCAAUUCCUCUUUCUCCUCUGGAAACUCCAGUCACACAGUGUGUACUGAGCGGUACGAUCCCAGCAGUGCUGAUGAGUGGCGGCUGGCCACCAGAGUCCUUCGCCACGCUUUGGGUUUUGUUAUCCCCUUGGCCGUCAUGCUGCCCUGUUAUGGAGUAACCAUCCAGCGCCUCCUUCACAUCCGUGGGGGGUUUCAGCGGCAGCGAGCCAUGAGAGUGAUUGUGGUCGUGGUGGCUGCCUUUCUGCUCUGUUGGACGCCCUACCACAUCGCAGUGAUGACAGACUCCUUUUUCAGGGCGAAGAUCGUGCCCUACAAGUGUCCGGCAAGGAUGGCGGUGGAUCGGGCCAUGUUCGCCACCCAGAGCCUGGGCCUGCUCCACAGCUGCGUCAACCCGGUGCUGUACGCCUUCGUGGGAGAGAAGUUCAGGAGGAGGCUGCAGCAGAUCAUGAGGAAGAUAGGAAUCCUGGAGAGGGCAUCAGUGACGAGAACCAGCAGGUCCUCACUGUCAUCAGAAAUCACAUCCACAUUCAUGUGAGCGCACCAGAGGGACACUUUAAACUAUUCAGAUACAUCAGUGUUGUGUCAGCUCAUAUCUGAUGGACUUUGUCUUAUAUUUUUUCAUACUUUGAUCUGUUUUUUCUGUGUUAUUUAACUUGGUUUUGCUUUUAAUCCGGUGUGUGUACAUCAGAAAAAUGUUGCUUACAGUUGUUUUUGUGGUCAGCUGUUUAAAUCCUCUCUCUUUCCUCAGUCAUGUCUAACUCUGAGGAAACUGUGGAAAAGAUGUGUGACUAUAUUUCAACAUAGUAAUACUGUGUCACAACAUUGAGACAAAAUUGUGGGUGAUGAACAUUUGUCUGUUUGAGUUGAGCAGGUUGUCGUUAACAUGCCAAAGGAUUUUCAUUUUCUGUAUAUUCUAAAUUGUCAUUAAAGUUUCAUAUAAAUGUGUA